UGUCCUAGUGCACAUUUUGAGAGCGCAUUUGGAGAAAGGAGGAGGAGAUGCGGUUAGGGAGUAGGCUAAUCCAACCACAGGGUAAAAAGGGCAGUUUUAGAUGGCUCAUAUUCCGCUGUAACUGUAUUGCACCGUGACACCAGCUUUGAGCAGCGGCGGAGCACCAAACCGGACGCACCCACAGCAUCUGUACCAACACAUCACUGCUCCAGGGCACUUCUCUUCUCUCUGCAAGACUGGAUGUGGAAACAAGCGCACGGCCACUGGGAAAAAAUACUCUGAGCUGCACACGUUUACAGGGAAAUAGAUUCUGUGAUGACCGUGAGAUUCCGCAAGUAAUAUGCGCAACACUGUGGAUUGCCCUAUUUUUUUUUUCCUCUCCCUUUCUCCUUUCUGCCCAGUUGUGUUUCCUUAUUCAUUGUGCGCCCUAUGAAGAGCAUUAACUAUCCCUCCCUCCAAUCCUAUUGAAAAGGCUCCGAAAAAAACAGAGGGAGAUGAGAGCAGCAAAUCCCUUUUUUAUUCCCCUCGUAGCGCUCAAUAAGAGAAGAAUGUGUUGCCUAUCAGUCACCGAGGGGAUCAAGUCUUCGGGACUGUCCCACGCGUUCAAUGCGCCGUGCAGAGCAUCACUGAGAGAGACAGAGUGAAGAGGACUGCAGCAGCAGUAGCAUCCUGCCUGGACACUUCACAUCAUUUAGCAACCUGUCUCCACUCAAGAUCCAUUUAAGUCAAUUAGGGCUGCCUGCUUCUCUCACCUUUCAAGUCCUCGCACUGGACUGCGGCGUAACACGAUGAGGAGUCUGGCGCUGCUGUUAGGGGUGAAAGCCGCUUGCAUCCUGCUGGUGUCUUCGCUCUCGGGCACAGGGGCCGUCAACAACAGCGGCCGGUGGUGGGGUAUUGUCAAUGUGGCCUCCUCAUCCAACCUCCUCACCAAUUCCAAGAAUGUGCAGUUGGUCCUGGACCCAAGCCUGGCUCUACUGAGUCGUCGCCAGCGCCGGCUGAUUCGGCAGAAUCCUGGCAUCUUGCAUGCCAUUGCCGCUGGGCUGCACACUGCCAUAAAGGAGUGCAAGUGGCAGUUCCGCAACCGUCGCUGGAACUGCCCGACCACCCACAGCCCAGCAAUAUUUGGCAAAAUUGUCAAUCGUGGUUGCCGAGAGACAGCAUUUGUAUUUGCCAUUACCAGCGCAGGGGUGACCCAUGCUGUGGCUCGCUCCUGUUCAGAAGGGGCCAUUGAGUCAUGCACAUGCGAUUACCGCCGUAGAGGUCCUGGAGGGCCAGACUGGCACUGGGGGGGCUGCAGUGACAAUGUGGACUUUGGCCGGAUGUUCAGCCGUGAGUUUGUGGACUCAAGCGAGAGGGGCAGAGAUCUGCGCUACCUCACCAACCUACACAAUAAUGAAGCCGGCAGAAUGACUGUGUCAUCAGAGAUGCGUCAGGAGUGCAAGUGCCAUGGCAUGUCAGGCUCCUGCACCGUGCGUACCUGUUGGAUGCGCCUACCUAGCUUCCGCACAGUCGGAGACUUCUUAAAGGACCGCUUUGACGGUGCAUCCAGAGUUGUUUAUGCCAACAAAGGCAGUAACCGAGCUUCUCACCGAGCUGACCCCCGCCAUCUGGAACCUGAAAACCCAGCCCACAAACCACCGUCUGCCAUGGACCUGGUCUAUUUUGAGAAAUCACCAAACUUCUGCUCCUACAAUGGAAAAACCGGCACUUUGGGAACUUCUGGAAGAACAUGUAACAGCUCUUCUCCAGGCCUGGACGGAUGUGAGCUGCUCUGCUGUGGACGUGGGUUUAAGACUCGGACCGAGAGCGUGACCGAACGGUGCCACUGCACAUUCCACUGGUGCUGUCAUGUCAUCUGUCUGAACUGCACCAGUACACGAACUUUACACCAGUGUCUAUGAUGAUCGGUGGACAACUGUGUGAAUAUAGGCAUACGUGAGGAGCAAAGGAGAACUUCUUAGGAAACAGGUAGAUGGCUGAGAAAGCCACAAGCAAACAGGUGGUUUGAGAUAUUAGAUAGGAGCUAGAAAAGCUUCAAGGCGGGUAAACGGAUACAGGGAACUUUCUCACACAAAAAUUCAAUCAGUGUUUCUGAAAGUAGGAGAUGGAGAAAAGCACAAAUAUAUGAACAGGGUAUAGAGGGAGUGUAUGUGCUUGCUCCUUGCUUUUGAUGCUUACCAGUAUUAAGAGGGUAUUUAAACACUAAAACCAUCCAUGUAGAAUGGAUAUCAUCCACAUUCCUCAAGUGUUUACACUGUGGAUAAACAGAAAUUGAAAUAAAGGGACAAAAUGAUGUGGUGGCGAAUCGAUUGCUGUAAGCAGGUACUACUAGAACCUUCCUCUCCCCCAGUGAGGGCAGAAACUGGACACAAUGUUUCACAGAUGUUUCUGUGGCCAGAGAGCCACAAACAUGUCCUCUCAUAAACUGGUGAAGACCUCUAACAACAGGGAAGUUAUUUAAAAAAAAAAAUCUGUGUUUUGUUUUCUUUUACUGAACUUUGGCUUCUCUCACAUGAAACUGUGUGAAGUUUAUCUCCUGGGAUGGGCUGUUCCUAACUUGUGUACUUGGGCCCUGGGUGCAGCCCAACCACUUAUAAUUUCCUCACCACAUUUGCCCUUUUUAUUUAGAUUUCUCUGGAGUUGAAUACACCUCAACCCUGCCUGACUUACCGCAAGAUGGUCCUGAUGUUACACGACUGGGACCAGUACCCGCCAAGGAAAACAGAAACUGACUGAUCAAAUCUUACUGAGGCAAAGUGAUUUGAAUGUAUUAUCAAUACACUGAAUAUCAUGGCAUGACAAGAUGUAGUUUGGCAAAUCUGAGGAGUCAACAUUAAAUAAAUAAAUGAAAUGUGACCUGCAGAAACUCAGCAUGCUCCUAAAAUGAAAACCAAUGCCAUUCUGAGAUGCACAAUGCAAAA